UGCUCCCUCUCCUCUUCUUUUCUCCUCCCCUCUGUCUCUCUGUGUCGUUCUCCAGACCCUGUUCUCAUUCCAUCAGGUCCUCCCCUCACUCACACCACAGUCUCCGAACGCCUCAUCUCCUCCACCAGAGCCAGGGGAGAAGUGACGGGAGAGCAACAUCAGCAUCUGACAAACCUCUGCUUUGCAGAGGAGCAAAUAGGGAGAGGAGGAAGAGAGGUGGGAGGAGAAGAAAGAGGGAGAGAAAUAAGUUUGUUGAAGAGAGGAGCAGUGAGCUUCUUUUUCCUCAUUUCUUUUCUCAGCUGUGAGCGCUGCCUGGCUCCUCUCUGCUCCCCGUCUCCUUCCCCUCCUCCUCCUCUUCUCUGCUCCUCUUCUCAUUCCGACUCUCCUCCCAGCUCCGCCGUGGGGUCUCAGCUCUCCAUCUCCCUCCCCCCCUCCCUGUCUCCCUACCUCCCCCGGGCUCUGCUGGGAUCCUCCGGGCUGCUGCGCCGCAGGAGGAUGUCUCGCAGGGAGUCUCCACCACCGCCUCCUCCACCUCCUCAGCUGCUGGGAGGGCAGAGGGGGGAGUGUGAGGACCGUCCGGAGCGCGCAGAGCCGCUGUCCGAUGCUGAGAGGGAGAUCAUCCAGGACACAUGGGGACACGUCUACAAGAGCUGUGAGGAUGUAGGAGUUUCUGUGCUGAUCCGGUUCUUCAUCAACUUUCCAUCUGCAAAGCAGUAUUUCAGCCAGUUUCGGGACAUGGAUGACCCAGAGGAGAUGGAGCAAAACAGCCAGCUUCGCCAACAUGCCUGCAGGGUGAUGAAUGCCCUGAACACAGUGGUGGAGAACCUGAAUGACCCAGAGAAGGUGUCCUCAGUGCUGGCCCUGGUAGGAAAGGCCCACGCUCUCAAACACAAAGUGGAGCCAAUCUACUUCAAGAUCUUGUGUGGUGUGAUUCUGGAGGUUUUGUCUGAAGAUUUCCCAGACUACUUCCCGGCCGAGGUGCAGGUGGUGUGGGUCAAACUGAUGGGGGCCUUAUACUGGCAUGUGACCGGGGCCUACACAGAGGCGGGCUGGCUCCAAGUCUCCAGCUCAGCGGUGUGAAGAAGCGCAAAGGAAAAUCGUUCUGAAGUUAUUAUGAGUAAAUUGUUUUGCAAAAGAAUCAUGUAAACAAAGAACAGUGAGGUUUAAGUGGAUGGUUUUACACUCAUGCAUCAAAUUAACAGUAAUUUGUGCACCAUUCUUCCAUACUUUGGUGGUAAUUUGGUGCUUUGUGGUGUUUCUACACCGCAGAUCAGUUGGACCAGACAUCAACUUACUCAUUUUAGCUCAUGCAAGUGGUAUUUUAAUGUGUGGAUGUUGUUUCAGUACAAAUCCUCACUUCAUGCACUAGCAUGGGUGCUUCUCUAUUAAACAGCCGCCAAGAAAUCAACCAAACCACUCUAAAAACGCCCGUGGUGAUGAUCCACUCUUUAUUCCUCAUGUUAAAGGGAGAGUGUUCUCCAUGCAGGUGAGCUUCUGUGGAUGUAGAUUCAACACCCCCGUUUAGAGACACGUGUUAGUUCUGACUGGAUUGAUGUGCUCAUGGCUAGUUCAAGCAGAGCUGAGGACAAAGUUAUUUGCUGUUUGAAUAACUGAAAUCUCAAAUAAAUUAUAGCAAUUUAUGUAAAUAUCUUUUAAAAGAGUCUUCACACUGCAGUCAGUUUUAAAUUAAAUGGUUAUUCUGGCUGAAAUCUAAAGAUAUUCCAGACAGAAUUCCUGUUUUGGGAUGUAUCGGAAGUGCUACAGCUAGCUGAUGCUAACUCCUCCAAAACAUGUUUUUGCUUGAAGUUGUUUUAAAGUUGCAGUAAUGCGUUGGGAGUGGUUUAAUAAAGGUUUCUCUAAACUGAUGCAGGUCAGAGAGCUACAACAGGUAAAAUUUUGAAUGUUUCCAUGGAAACACACACCUAAAGCUCUGAUUUAUCGCUUUAAGAACUGCCGUACCUCAACGUUUUGGUGUCUAUUCCAACACUGGUUCUCUAUUUAGAGACAGAUGAGUCAUUUCAGUCCAUUUUUCUCAGUUUUAUGUGAAAUUUUUAGGUAAAUAUGUUCAAAUCUAAAAGACAAAGUCUCAGAGACACAUAAAAAAAUACUUGACUUGUACUUUAUUUCGAACUAACGUACAAAAAACAGUUUUUAUACAAAACAACUCGACACAAAAGCAAUCAAAUAAUAAAGUCCGAAAAGGAGUAGUUAGCAGUAAAACUUGUGCAUUCCUAACCCCUUCUCACUUAUUAUUAUUUAACUUAUCUCAAAAACAAAAUUUAAAAAUUAAGAAACAUAUCUAUAUAAAAAUAACAAUAAUACAAUAGAUCAAACAUACUCAGCAAUCAACUUCUUGUAUAAUUCUAUUUAACCCAGCUCAUCAACAUAAUUAUCCAAUAGAUGUUUUUUGUAGCUCUUCUUAAAUUGAUUUACCUUUACACAUUUUAUUGAAUCUUCACUCAAAUUGUUCCAUAAUUCUAUCCCACAUAUUGUUGUACACAAACUCCUCUUUCUUGUCUGAACUCUGGUUUUUGAAGUUUAAUGCCCCUCUUAAAUUGUACCCAUCGUGUUUAUCAUUAAACAUUUUCUGUAUAUUACAUGGAAGUAAUUUAUUUAUUGCCUUAAACAUGAUUACUGCGGUUUUAAACUUUAUCAGAUCAAUAAAUUUUAACACUUGUAAUUUUAAAAACAGUGCUGUUGUGUGUUCCCUAUAUCCCACAUUAUAUACUGUCCUUAUUGCUCGUUUUUGCGCUAUGGAUAGUGAUUGCAGAUUACUCAGGUAUGUGUUUCCCCAAACUUCCACACAGUAAUUCAAGUAUGGCAUUACCAGUGAUGAAAACAGAAUAUACAAUGAUUCUUGAUUCAGUAAAUGUUUUAUUUUACCCAAAAAACCAAUGCUCUUUGCCAAUUUUGUUUGUAUAUAUUUAAUAUGUGGUUUCCAGCUAAUAUUAUAACCCCCAGAAAUUUUGUUUCAUAAACUCUCUCUAUUCUUACAUUUUCUAACAUCCGUUUUAUCGCAGAGUCCACUCUUCAAUUCCCGAACAAGAUGACUUUGGUCUUGUCCAAGUUUAAUGAUAAUUUGUUCAAGCUGAACCAUUCUUUCAACUUACUCAUUUCAGUCCUCACUUCUCCCAAUAAUUGAAGUAUAUUUUCCCCAGAACAAAGAGCAUUGGUGUCGUCUGCAAACAAAAUAUUUUUUAAUUUUUUUGAAACCAUAACUAAGUCAUUUAUAUGCAUAAUAAAUAACUUAGGGCCCAGUACUGACCCUUGUGGUACAUCAACAGUUAUGUCGAGACAGUUGGACAUGACAUCUCCCAUUUGAACAAAGUGUUGUCUAUUUCCCAUAUAAAUUUUUAACCAAUCCAAAACCACCCCUCUAAUGCCAUAUAUUUCCAUUUUCAUAGUAUGUCAUGGCCUAUAGUAUCAAAUGCUUUUCUGAGAUCAAUAAAAAAAAACAUGUUUGUUUUCAUCCACGCAAUUUGUGACUUCUUCCAUUAAUUCCAUUACUGCUACAGUGGAUGAUCUAUUUUUCUUGAAGCCAUACUGGCUUUCUGACAGCAAAUUAAAUUGUUCAAUGAAUUCUUCUAGCCUGUUUUUAAAUAAUUUUUCGAGUAUUUUAGAAAACUGGUACAAUAAUGAUACAGGCCUGUAGUUUGUAAAAAGUUGUUUGUCUCCUGCUUUAAACGAUGGUAUGACUUUAGCUAUUUUCCUUUUUUGUGGGAAUACACCAGAUGAAAAUGAGAGAUUACAGAUAUGGGUCAGCGGAUCUGCGACACUAUUAAUAACUUUCUUGACUAUAAGCAUAUCUAUUCCAUUCCAAUCAGUGGAUUUCUUACUUUUAAACAUAUUUACCGUAUCUAUCAUCAGUUUUGUAUUAACGGCCCUAAGGAACAUUGAGUGGUAGUUCUUUACUACAUUGUUUUCCAUAGCUUUGCUAUCUUUAGGCUGGUUCUCUUCAAUUUCUUGUGUCAGCCUUUGUCCAAUAUUCACAAAAAACUCAUUGAACCAUUUCACCACUUGACUUUUGUUUUUUGGAACUCUAUUUCCAUCAGUAAAACAUUCUGGAUAAUUAUGACUAGCCUUAUUUUUCUUAAUAAUGUCAAUUAAUAAUUUCCAUAUGCCGUUACUACUGGUUUUAUUUUCAUUUAGUAAUUAUAUAAUAUUUUUUCCUACAUACCCUCAUUACAGUAGUCCAUUUAUUUUUAUAUUUCUUGUACCUUUGUUCUUCCUCUAUCGUUCUAUUUGCUAAAUGCUGUUUAUAGAGAAUAUUCUUGUUUUUGUACAAGCAUUUAACAGUCCCUUUGUGAUCCACGGUUUGUUGGGUUUUAUUUAUUUUUUAUUAUAUUAUAUGUAUUUAUUGGACAAUGUUUAUCAUAAGGUGACUUAAAUACAUUAAGGAAGUAUUUAUAUGCCCUGUCGACAUUAGUUUCAUCAUACAGUUGUGACCAGGUUUGAGCUUGCAAAUCACUGUUGAAUGCUUCUAUCGAUUCUUCUGUUGUCGGUCUGAUAUAUUUCCUUUGGUAUGUCUUCGUUAUCCUUUCACACUCACAAUCAUAGAUUGUAAACACUGGCAAAUGGUCACUGAUGUCAUUUAUCAUUAGUCCACUGAUUAAUGUGCUUUCCAUAUUGUUGGUAAAUAUAUUGUCAAUUAAAGUUAAGCUUAGUUAUUCUA